AUCAAAGUAUUUUAUCUUUUCUUCGCCAGGCGAAUUGCCCAUAAUUCCCUGUCAAGGCCUGCGAGCAGCACCGCAGGCAGAACUGUGGGCUUAAGGCACAAUAUUUAGCCCUGAAUAUGGAUUUAGGCGUGGGAACGAGCAGUGGCGGCUUACAGGAAGACGACGUGGCGCUCGCUAAGCUUCUCCAAGAACAAGAGCGCGCGCUUUACAUUCUGGGUCGAGGCGGAAGGGAGGAAACAGCACACGAGGAUCUGACCGAUGAAGAGCUCGCGCGGCGGCUGCAGGAAGAGGAGGACCAGGCCACCUACCAAGCCAUGGCUGGCUAUGGGAGCUACGGCCUGGACGAGGUCCUGCACGAGGGCGAAGGCACAGGCACGGGCUCUGAGCCGGAGCAGAGCGCCAUGGAGCUAACCUAUGAGGACAUGCUGGCCCUUGGAGACCUGGCUGGCAAGGUCAGCAAGGGCCUGCCGCCAGAGGUGCUAGCGCGCCUGCAAGUGGAGGCCGUGGGCAACCUGCGCAGCAGCGCAGGCGCCAUCAUUCUGGACAGGUGCUGCAUCUGCCAGGUGGAGUUUGAGGACAGUGACCCUGCCACGACCCUGCCCUGCCGGCAUUGCUACCACAGCGAGUGCGUGCGCCAGUGGCUGCAACAGAGUAAGGCGUGCCCGGUGUGCGGCAAGGAGGUCGAGUGAGUGUUAGGAAGCCGGCGGUCCCACUCUUGGGGCCCUGCAGCUGGCCAUAGUCCACAGCGACAAGGCGAGGAAUUGCGCCGGCAAUGGAGUACGGUAUCGGUAUGCGGAUGCGACUCCUCAUAUGCAUGUCAUGUAGCCUGGUGUUGGUGAGGCAGUGAGGCCAGCCUCAAGGGCUGUGCGGUUUGGGCAUCCCACAUGGAUAGCUGCGCUGAGCGGCCUAAAGAUGCGUGGUGGUGGGGUGACCGCGGCGGCCAGGGUUAUGGUCCACGGUGCGGCGGGUAUGCCGCGAAGGGCCGAGAGAACCCGGACUAACCAUGGCGGCGUCUCCUCCGCGCUGUGUGAGCUUGCUGGUCGGGUUCGAGGCCUUAAUUGGCUGACGUCUAAAAUACCAUCCCCA